AUGGGUGCAGCAGCAGGGCACUGCUCUGGGAUUUCGCCCGCCAGCUCUGCGGGGCUUCUGGCGGGCUGGGGGGACCCCCAGGGCUCCCCCUGGUCUUCUGGGGCGAGGGGGGCCCCCGGGGCCCCCGGGGCCCCAGGGGCUGCGGCGCAGCGGGGGGCCCCUGACCUGCUGCUGCUGCUGCUGAGCGGGUACCGCGCUGUGGUGCUGGUCUACGAGGAAGCAGUGGGGGCCCUGCGCACUGUGAGCAUGCACAGCUUUGCAGAUCUAGGGCCCAAGGCCUCUGCUGUGAAUGCCUUUCUUGGGGGGCCCCCCCACCUCAAGUUGGUGGAGGAGGGGCCCCUCUCAGCCAUGAAGGGGGGCGCGUGGGGCCCCGAGGGGGCCCUCACAGUACCCGCGGGUCAGUACCCUGUUUCGGUGCUGCGCGCCUUCUGCAGGGCCCUCGUCAUUGACCUGCAGCCGUACGGCCUGGGGGCCCCCCUGGGGGCCUCCAGGGGCUCCUCCGUAGGGGGCCCCUUAGGGGGGCCCCUACGGGGGCCCCUUGGGGGUCACUUGGGGGGGCCCCUGGCGGGGCCCCUGGGGGGCCCCCAUGAAGGGCCCCCCGCCAAGGGGUUCCUUGCGCUGAUGAGCGUUGACUUGCUGCACGUUGUUUGUCUUCAUUUUGUUGUCAACGCAGAGGGGCCCCAGGCGGUGCCGGCACCUGCAGCAGCAGCAGCUGCUGCUGCUGCUGCCGCUGCUGCUGCAGCGCAGGGGGACAGUGCUGCUGCUGGGGCCCACAUGUCUCCCUCUGCAGCCCACCAUGGGGCCCCCAACAGCUUGCUGCUGUCGCCCGCAGGAACCACUCCCUUGCAGGCUGCGUUUGCUGCAGCAACAGCAGCAGCAGGCGGAGGACUCAACAGGGCACAGCAGGGUACUCCGUGGAGCCCGGAGGGCCCCUGGGGCCCCUCGGGGGGUCCCCCAGGGGCCCCCCCGGGAGGCCCUGCAGGGGGCUCCCCAGGGCAGGACACGGGCCUCUUAGGAGCUGCUGGGGCUGGCGCGCUGAGCAGCGUGCCCCCAGUUGCGUUUUUUGCUGCUGCGGUGCAGCGUCAGCAGCAGCAGCAGCAGCAGCAGCAGGCAGCAGAGGAGCUGCAAAGCCUGGGCGAGGGAGGGGGGCCCCCGGGGCCCCCGGAAGGGGGUCCUGGGGGGGGCCCCUCUGCACUGUGGGGUUCCCACAGCCUGUUGGGGGGGGGCCUCGCUGUGUCUUCAUGUUUCUUUUUAUCUCUUGUAGACGAUUUGCCUCUUCCUGAGAAGACAGCAGCAGCAGUAGCUGCUGCUGCUGCUGCUCCUGGAGCCUCUUUUGGCGCGGGGGAGUCGGCGGCGGCGGCGGCGGCAGCAGCAGCAGCAGCCACUGCAGCAGGAGCAGCAGGCCUCCCCUACCUGCUGCACGACAUGGUGGCUGUCUCCUCGCUGCUGCUGCCUGCUGCUGCUCUUCUUGUCUCUCAGGGGCCUCGAGAAAUUGGUUUAAUUCCAUUUGUGGGGUCUCCUGGAGCUGGGGAAGUCUCCGCGCUGCUGCUGUCUAUAAACCCUGAGGAGCGCGACAUACAAGUCGUCGCUAAGAUUCCGCAUUUGCUGGUGGACACGUUCAACCUGCUGCGGGUCCCCGCUGUGCCCCACGGGGUCUUGUGUCUGUCUCCUGACACUGUCUCCUUUUUUUCGUUUGGGGGAGGGCGUUGUGGCGGGGGGAGCCAGCGGCUGCUGGAGGAGCAGCAGGGCAGCAGCAGCAGCAGCAGCAGCAGGGUCGCAGGCAUCACCCACGUGCUGCACCCCGCGGGCCUCGUGCGCAAGGACCUGCAGCAGCUUCCCGCUGCUGUGUUCGACCAGAGCCGUCUCCGACUCCGCCUCGAGGAAGGUGCUGCUGCUUUCAUCAGCAGCAAAUGUCUCUUGCUGCUGUCAGCAGACAACAGGCCCGCGCUGGCCCACCUAGAACUGCAGCUGAUUCCACUAGGCAAGCAGCAGCACCAGCAGCGGCAGCUGCACCUGCAGCAGCAGCAGCAGCAGCAGCAGGUGCAGAGCCAGGUGCGGCUGGCUGCACGGGGAGCUGCUGCUGAGGAGACAGGGAAGCAGCAAAAGGCGUGUGUCUCCCUGCAGGUUGUUGCUGCUGGCCUUGGGGUCUCCGAUAUCAUUUGGACUGCACUUGAGGUCUGUGCCCCCAAGGGGGGCCCCCCCCUCGAGAUGCAGGGGGCCCCCGCAUUCGAGCUGCCGGGGCAGCUGCUGCUGCCGCGCUCGGACUCGGUUGCCGUGUGGCCUUCGCCAGUAGCAGAGACUCAGGCCGCGGAAAAAGAGGCAGAAAGCUCACUCUUCAGCAGCAGCAGCAGCAGCAGGCGGUACUUGGUGGCCUUCGGUGGAAGGGCCCGGGAGGGUACAGGAGUGUGCGUGGCUGCAGCAGAGCCGCAGCUGGUGGGGCCCCCCAGGAGGCCCUGGGGGGCGCCCCCGGGGGCCUCCCGGGACCUUCAGGGUUGCGGGUCAAGUCUUUUUGCCGACUCGGAAACAGCAAGAGGGGUCUCGUCGCUGGAAGUUUGCUGCAGCAGGGUGCCGGAGCUGCAGCAGGGCCCCGGCUGCGAGCAGCAGCAGCAGCAGCAGCAGCGGCAGCAGCAGGAGCUCUUCACCACUGACGGCAAACAACUCAUUGAGAUCUUCCCUGAUGGCUCAGUUGACCUUGCUUACCAAAGGGCCCCCAUCUUGAGGUAUGGGGAGCUGCAGCAAGAAGAUGAGGGGCCCCUGCCAGAGUCUUCGCCGCUCGGUUAUCUGCAGUGGCUGCGGCAGCAGGCCACUGCAGCAGCAGCAGCGGCAGCAGCAUCGGCCCCGCCUGCUGCUGCUGCUACAGAGGCGGAGACAGCAGCGAAAGCAGCAGCAGAGUCCGCGCCGCAGGGUUUCCCGCAGUCGAUUGCUGCUGCUGCCGCUGCCCUGAACAGCAGCAGCAGCGCCUUCAGCUGCGGCAGCAGCACCAGCUGCAGCAGCACUGACCUCGACGCAGAGUACCCUGUGGGCGACAACCUGGGCCUCGUGGGGGCCCCCGGGGGGCCCCUGCUGCUGCCCUCUUUUCGCCUGACAGUUUCUGACUGGCUGAGGCCUCAAGGCUUUGCUGCAGCUCGCUGCGUGACUUACCUGCCGCUGCCCCCCCUGGAGUCUUCUGCGACGAUUUCCGCUGGCCACCCUCAGCAGCAGCUGCAACAGCAGCUACUGCUGCAGCAGCAGCAGCAAGACCUAGAGGCCUUCUGCAGCACAUCAGGAAGCAGCCGCUUCCUUACUGCUGGAGGCCUUUGGCCCCACGGCGCCUUGACGGCCCUCCAGCGAGCUGUGCCCUGCCGCAAUCUUGCUGCUGCCACUAGCCUAGAAGGGCAGCCUAGAAUUGUGUGGGCCCUGCAGCAGCAGAAGCAGCAGCAGCAGCAGAAGCAGCAGAAGCCGCAGCAGCAGUUGCUGCUGGUGAGCAGCGACCCGCGCAUGGGACUGGGAGAAACCCGUUUGCUGUCUGUCCGUGGGGAGAAGCUUGUCGACAUCACUGUAGCAGCAGCAGCUGCAGCAGAGAGCAGCAGAAAAGACAUUCCCGGUGCUGCCUUUUCUCUAGAUGGCCCCACGCUAUUUGCUGCGUCGCUGCUGGGGGGCCUCGUGCUGCUGCAGCUGACAGCAGAAGAGCUGCGGGUAACGGGGCCUUUGGGGGCAGCCGCUUUGUGCCUCCCAGUCGACAUGACGGAGCCGCCUCAGCAGCAGCAGCAGCAUCGACUGCAGCAGAAGCAGGCUUCGCAGCAGCAGCAGCAGCAGCGGCAGCUGCACGAUGAGAGCCAGCUAGAAAUGCAACAGGACGAGGCGCAGCAACAGCAAGAAGAGGAGGUGCGUCACCUGCAAGAGGAAGAGAUCCAGCAAGAACGCCAGAAACAGCACAGCGGCAGCAGCAGCAGCAGCCCAGCAGCAGCAGGAGAUGCGCUGGCCUCAGCGGAGGCAGAAAGAGACUUGUAUGCGCCCAUGGAGGUGGAUGCAGACGGGGGCAUUGAGCGGACCUCAGCUCAGCUGCCCCACGCAGCAGCAGCAGCAGCAGAAGCAGGAAGCAUGUCUCCCUUCCUUGACACAGGCUGGGCAGCAGCAGCAGCAGUUGGUGGCGGAGUUGCUGCUGCAGUCAGAGGCAGUGCGGCAGGCGACUGGGUCUGCGCCGUCCUCGACGACUUCCGCCUGCGCCUGUGGCACAUUGACCUUGCUGCAGCAGCAGCAGCAGCAGCAGUAACAGGCAGUGAGGCUCUUGGCGAGGGGGACCCGCACUUGCUGCAGCAGCAACAGCAACUGCUGCUUCAGGAAGUGCCUCCUGAGGCAAUGCCGUGUUGCAUGCGCGGGCAGGUGAAAAGUGCACAGCUGUACCUACACCCUAGAAGCACUCCCCUCUCUGCUGCUGCUGCAGCAGCAGCAGCAGAGGUCUUGUGCUGCCUCGUGACACUUGAGGGACCCGAGAAGGCCCAGACACUGCACGUGGUGUCUGUACACCGCAUGCAGUGUCUCUUCAGCUCAGUCGACCUCCGCCUCGUCUCGCCGCUGCUGCGCAACUGCGGGUCCUGCGCGCAGCUGCAGCUGCAGCAGUUGCUGCUGCAGCAACAUUCAGUGCAGCAGCAAGAGGCAGCAGCACUAGGCGGAGCUCCAGAAAGCACCAGCAGCAGCAGCAGCAGCAAGAGCGCAGAUGGUCGGCUGCGCGAGGACAUCUUACAGUCGCCAGGAGCUCAUGGAGAGACAGCAGAGGGACCUCCACAAAAGCAAGCAGCAGCAGCAGCAGCUGCAGCAGCUGCUGGGGCAGCAGCAGCAGCAGCAGCAGCAACACUUGCUGAGGAGGGCAGUUUGGAUGCCAGGCGUUCCGUGACCUGCAUAGCUGCGGACCCGUUGCCUCUGACUCGGCCGGCAGAGGGCGGCAUCUCUGCUGCUGCUGAUGCUGCUGCUUCAGCAGCAGAUCUUGAGGCAGCAGAAGAAGCUGCAGCACCAGGUGCUGCUGCUGGGGAGCUACAGGAAGAGGUCUUGAGCGCCGAGCUGCUGCUGCUAGACCCCACAAGUGACGAGGGCCCCACACUAGUGGUGUUCCUGACGGGGCGGCCUCCACUGAUCUACCGCGGGUUUGCUGCUGCCUCUGCCGCAGCUGCUGCUGCAGCCGUUGCUGCAGCAGGUGCUGCUGACGCGGCUGCAGCAGAUGCUGCUGACGCGGCUGCAGCAGCUGCCGCUGCUGCUGGAGAGUCGCUGCAGCUACUCAGCAGCGCCUCCUUUCCAACGGCCUUCCGGCUGCAGCUGCAUACAUGCACUGAGUGCAUCCCUUCUCUGCAGAAGCUCCCAGCAGCAGCAGCAAAAGCAGCAGCAGCCGCAACAGCAGCUGCUGCUGAACCCUCGGUGCAGUUUGCUGUUUCCUCGGGCUACGCCACAGCCCCGCAGCAAGUGCAGCAGUGGGGUGGCGGGGUUAGCCUGGUGGUGCCGCCGUUGCCGCUGUCGGGCCAGCAGGAGCAACAGCAGCAGCUGCUGCUGCAGCAGCUGCAGCAGCUGCCGGUGCUGUGGCUCUGCAGCAGCCGCAACCAGCUGUACGUACACCCCAACGAGCGCAGAGACACCCUCAGCGCCGCCAGCUUCACCUGGGCCGGGGGCCCCCCAGGGUCUUUUGCGUUUCUGCAUGAGGGGGGCCCCACUUUGUGUCUGUCGGACAUUGCUGCUCCUUUUGACAAGUUUCGCUGCUCCCCGGAGCCAGCUGCAGCAGCCGCAGCCGCAGCAGCAGCAGCAGCAGCAGCAGCUGAGGAGGUUCCUAGUACCCUGGGGCCCUUCAGGCUCGAUGGGCCCCUCCCCUCUUCCUCUUUCUUGCUGGGAGCCUCUGUGACCCAUGUGGCUGUCUCUUCUGGCUCCGACUACGUGCUGCCGCUGCAGUACAGGAGAGACGCAGCAGCAGCAGCAGCAGCGUCAGGGGGAGCCGCCUCCGCAGCAGCAGCAGCAGCAGCAGGCGCGCCUGUGGGGCGCCUCGUCGCGGUGUCUCUACACCACCCCACAGAAGAGACAGAACAAAUCAAAGCUGUUCUUGAGACUCGGAACGCCUUGCAGCGGGCGCACUUGGCGCUGCUGGGCCGUUCUGGGGAAGCAGCAGCAGCAGCAGCGGGAGCGGCCGCUGCAGCAGGCGGCGGCGAGCUGCAGCACGAGGAGGGAUGGGGGGGCCCCCAAGGUGGGGGCACCCUGCCCGUGGCCGGGGGGCCCCCUGAUGGCCGCGUCCACCCAAACCCUUAUUUAGCUGCUUGCGUGGAUGGCCGGGUGGAGGUGGAGGGAGAAGAAGGCAAGCAGUUCGAGCUGCUGCUGCUGCACCAGGACAACUUGCAGGCCCCCCUGGGUUCGUUCUUGCUGGGCCCCUGCGAGGAGGUGACUUCGCUGCAGUUUGUGCUGCUGGACGCCGUAGAGUUUUUGGCCGUGGGAGUGGCGCAGCCGCUGGGGGAAGGAGUUGCUGCUGGGGGUCGUUUGCUGCUGCUGCGGCUGCCCCCGCUGCUGCCAUACGGGCACGCAGCAGCAGUAGCAGCAGCAGCAGCAGCGGGAAACCAGCGGCAGGAGGAGGAGGGUUUGGGUCUUUUUUCCAGUUUUGUUUUCGAAGGUCCUGUUUGCUGCCUCGGCUCUUUUGCCCCUUCUUCAGCAGAAAGACACUAUUUGCUGCACUCCGUCGGCCGCCGCCUCUUCAUCCACGAAAUGGACGGAGACCUUUUGGCCCGCGGGGCCUUUGCAGAUGUCGGCGUCUCCCUUUCGGCUGUUUCCUCUUUGAAAAAUUUUCUUGUUGCAGGAGACCUAUUCAAAGGAGUUUCUUUGCUCGCCUGGCGCUUCGACUCUGCAUCGGACUCGAGGCGUCUGGAGCUCGUCAGCCGCACUGUGGCUCACUGGCUGCUGUCGGUGACUGCAUGCGACGCGGUUUCCUUAGAAGACAGAAUCUGUGUUGUUGCUGCUGACCCCUGGGGCAACUUUCGCCUCUUCGCCAUUAAUGACUCCAAGGAAUCCUCGCCGCCCAUGCUCCAGCAGCUUCAGGUGCUGCGCUGCGACUCGGAGUCCAUGGAAGCUGACUCCCCAGUUGUGGCCUUCAAGCAGACGCAGACCGAGCUAGGAGACGUUGCAUGCGCUGCGUGGACUGCUGAGGGGGGCAUUCUAUCAUUUCGGCUGGUUGAUAACUCCUUUUCAGAUUUGCUGCUGGAGCUACAGGCCUGGCUAGAGACAUCUUUGCCCUCAGAGUGCGGCUUGGGCCCCACAGCAGCAAGAGUCCCUGCGGGGACUCCCUCUGUGCACUUGAAUUUAUGGAUAGCGCAGCAGCAGCAGCAGCUGCAGCAGCAGCUGCAGCAGCUGCUGCAACAGCAGCCGCUGCAGCAGCUCCGCGCGCAGGACCAGGGCAGAAGCCCUUCCGCCGCAUCGGCAGCAUCGACCGCAGCAGCAGAAGCAGGAGCUGCCGCUGCUGCUGCAGCAGACGCAGGGCUGCUGCUGCAGCAGCUGGAACUCAAGGCGCAUGCUGCUCUCCGCUCGCGGCUACCGCUCUUCGCUCCUUUGCUGCGCUGCUUCUGCUUUUUAUCUGUCCCCGUGCAGCAGCAGCUGACAGCAGCAGCACCUCCUUCGCUGCUGGCGCUGCUGCAGCACCGCUUCGGAGCCCCAGGGGGGGGCCCCCAGGGUCCUGAGGGGCCCCCCGGGGCCCCUGGGGCCGCCUUUUCUUGGGCGGCGCUGCGCGGGGCCCUAGCGGGGGGCCCCCUGAGGGGCCUCGACUUGCCUUCUGUACCCUUCAACUAG